AGGUCAUAUGUGUCUUUCCAAUCUGUCUUUUCCUCCAGCCAUACAGACAGCUGUGGGAAAGGCGUGUAUGCCCACCGCUGAUGCCAUGUGGUCAAAGCAGCUGUGCAGCUGAUAACCAAUGACAGGCAGAAGACGCCGCGCGGAGCUGCGGCAUGCGUCGCGUCGCGCCGCGCUGAUAUUUAAACCAUCCACACAUCGCGCAUGCCAGAGAUGCGAGCUGCAGCGAUUUCUGCGCCGAGUGCGGAAAGAUGCUGCCUUUCCCGAGUCAUCGAGUUCAUGGAUUAAGCUGGAUUUCAGGACACACCUGUAGAUUUCUCACCUGCUCUGCAUAAUGCCUUAUCUGAGACAGUUCCUGAUUUCAGUGCUCUUCCUGGGCUCGUUUGGGGAAUGCUGGAAUAAACACACCACGAGAGAGAGGAGGUGGACAGGAGCUGUGGAAACUCAGAAGCAUGGGACCUCCCUGGCAAAGAAGCCACCGGAUGUGACAAAAUCACGGCGACUGAAAACAGAGCAGUUGUUGAAAGUGGAUGACCAUGACUUCACCAUGAGGCCCGCGUUUGGAGGUCCUGCUAUUCCAGUGGGAGUUGAUGUACAAGUGGAAAGCUUGGACAGUAUUUCAGAAGUUGACAUGGACUUUACUAUGACAUUAUACCUGAGACACUACUGGAAGGAUGAGCGCUUGUCUUUCGCCAGCACCACAAAUAAAAGCAUGACUUUCGACGGGCGCUUGGUGAAGAAGAUCUGGGUUCCUGACGUCUUCUUCGUCCAUUCUAAAAGAUCUUUUAUUCAUGACACCACCACAGAAAAUAUCAUGCUGAGAGUGUUCCCUGAUGGUCACGUUCUUUACAGCCUGAGGGUCACGGUUACAGCAGCCUGCAACAUGGACUUCAGCCGUUUCCCGCUGGAUUCACAGACCUGCACUUUGGAGUUGGAGAGCUACGCCUACACGGAUGAGGAUCUGAUGCUGUACUGGAAAAGUGGAGAUGAGUCUUUGAGUAUAGAUGACAAAAUCUCUCUCUCUCAGUUCCUCAUUCAGAAGUUUCACACUACCUCUCGGCUGGCUUUCUACAGCAGCACAGGAUGGUACAACCGCCUGUAUAUAAACUUUACUCUUCACCGCCACAUCUUCUUCUUCCUGCUGCAGACUUAUUUCCCAGCCACACUUAUGGUUAUGUUGUCAUGGGUGUCGUUCUGGAUUGAUCGCAGGGCUGUUCCAGCCAGAGUUUCAUUAGGUAUCACCACGGUGCUCACCAUGUCCACCAUCAUCACUGGGGUGAACGCCUCCAUGCCCAGAGUCUCCUACAUCAAAGCUGUGGACAUUUACCUGUGGGUCAGUUUUGUGUUUGUGUUUCUGUCCGUCUUGGAGUAUGCAGCAGUCAACUAUCUGACCACGGUCCAGGAGAGGAGAGAGCGUAAGCUCAGAGAUCGAGCAGUUAGAGAGCAGUCAUUGCCCUGCACCUGCAGUAUGUCCCACACCAGGACCAUGAUGUUAGAUGGGAGCUACAGCGAGGCUGACACUAACAGCUUGGCUGGCUACACAGAAGCUCCCAUGGUUCCUGAGGAUGUGGUGCCAGAGAAACAGGAGCACAUGGUGGUUCACCUGUCAAUGAGCAGCGAGUCCACCAUCACCAAGAAAAAGGGCAUCCGCGCCUUACGCAUUAUGCAGAACACGCAUGCCAUUGAUAAGUACUCCCGCAUGAUCUUCCCGGGAGCCUAUAUAAUUUUUAAUAUUAUUUACUGGUCGGUGUAUUGCUGAUCGUUCUCCAGCUACAUCCAUCUUUUACUCUUUUUUUGGACUUAUGGAGGUUUUAUACAACCAUCCUUGACUUUUUGAUGCACAUCAAACAUUGGCUCACGUGAGACCAGAUUGCAGUUACCUUUGUCCCUUUUCAUGCGCAAAAAGACUGAGAGAAAGAGGGUUGUCUGUGCCAGCUGAGUGCUUCUUAUAGGCCUUUUCAGGUUUAUGACAAAUUAACUGUAAAACACUUAUCAGACUUUGUACGGGCUUAUGUGUUUUCUCUUCAUGUUUGCGUCAUUGGACUAUUAAGUAUGUAAAGAGCAAGAAAGUCUGGUGUUAGCUUCUCUUUUAAAGGUGUACUAAUAAAUUUUUUCCACUGUUUUAUAGCUAAAAAAAUUAUUAGUUUUAACAAAUAUGUUUUACACUCACAUGAGAUCCAGUCAUAUCAUUUGCCUAUAAAAUACAGAUGUAAAUGCAUAAGGUGGGUUUCACCCUCAUAGGGUCCGCUAUGUUGAGAUCACAUGACUAGCUGUGUUGUGCAAUUUAACAAUAAAUUUAGAUAUUCAUAUAUUUAUAUAGCAUAUAUUUAUACAGUUUUGCAGUGCUCAAGGUGCUCUUCAAAAUGAAACAAAACGGACAUAAAACAAACCAAAUACAAUAUAAAUAUUAAAGACAUAACUUAACAAAGUUCCUAAAGUUAACAUACAAAAAGAAUCUAUGAAAAAGAACAGAAAUAAGAAAUUAAACAGCUCUGAUGUAAAGUGGCAGUGGUUAAUAAAAUGUAAUGCAUUCACAAAUUAUUUAGUGCACCUUUAAGUCUGUCUGCUUAUCUGCACAAUGUCCAGUUUUAUUUCAUUUAGGCAAGGCAGUUUGUUUACUCAUACUCAUUACUCACUCAUGUUAAUAUAUUGUAAUUACCAGUAACAAGACAGAAUCUUCCUCCAGUCUGAGGUUUAUUUGGAUGUGUGUGUGUGUGUGUGUGUGUGUGAGAGAGAGAGAGUGUAUUUGAUACCAUUAUAUCUCUUAUGCAAAAUAAAUCUGUAUGUCUUUACUGUGGCUCAUCGUCAUGCAUGUUAGUUUUAUUGAUUAUACAAUUUUAUAUCAAUUAUACUACAACCUGAAUUUGCCAUUAUACCUUAUAAGAUUUGAGUAAAAAGCUUGUUCAUGCGGGCAGUCAGUGCAGGCUAAAGUUUAGUUUGUGAUUAAAUGGUCUUGAAUACAAUUUGAAGCUGC